CUGUGCGGUCUGUGCCUGUGUGUAGCGACUGCUGCUGUGUGCGCCAUGUGUGUACGGUUCUGCGCUGUAUAUGUGUCAUGUCUAUAAGACGUCCAGAAUGGAAGGGAUGGAUUUGGCAUUUGCUUUAUCUCUUGCUGACAUCACUUACUGCUCGUUAUGUUCUUACGUCGGACUGCAGGAGAAUCUGCUGCAGGCUUUUAAAUAAUUACGUGCUACAUGGAACCUGCUGCUUAGUAAAAUGACGGAUCAAGAGAACAACAACAGCAUCUCAACAAAUCCAUUUGCUGCUCUUUUUGGGUCUAUUGCAGAAGCUCGGCAGUUUGUCGCUGGUCAAAAGGAGCAGCUGCGACAACAAAAUGACUAUGCUGGGGAAAGUCAGGACGAUUCUGACAACAGUGUCUCAGAAAGCCUGGAUGACUGCGAUGACUCUGUAGCAGAAAUAAGUCGCUCGUUUCGCUCCCAGCAAGAGAUAUGUGAGCAGCUGAAUAUAAACCACAUGAUUCAAAGGAUCUUUCUCAUCACGUUGGAUAACAGUCCCCCAGGCGAUCCCAGUAUGAAGAGCGGGAAUGGCAUACCCCAGCGUUGUGUGUAUCUGGAGGAGCUUGGCUCUGAACUGGAUGGGCAGGACUGGUUAGAUAUGGAUAAUGUAGAACAGGCCUUGUUCACACGACUUCUUCUCCCUGAGCCUGGAAAAUUCAUGAUUUGUAUGACAUCCUCGGGGGCACCCAAUUUGUCUGCAGAACGAGAUGCAGGGGAAAAGCAUAUAGUUCCAUUCCUUUUCUCUUGUUUCCAGAGGGCUAAGAAAGAGGUCACUAAAGUGCCAGAGAAUCUACUGCCGUAUGCAGUGCGCUGCAAGGCUUUAACAGUCUCCAAUUCACGCACUGUUCUUCUUACACCAGAGAUAUAUCAAGGGCAGGAUGUCCCGGCUCAAGUAGUGGACCUCAUGCUUGAAGGUCUGCGUGGAGCAAAUUUUGAUGAGGUAGUGGAAUUUUUGGAGGAGAUAAUUGAAGCCCUCUUGGCUGAUGAGGAGGUGCACUCGUUCAGCGAAGUUUUUCAUCCUGUUUUUGAUGUGAUCCUGGAACGUAUCAAGGACUUGGAUCUUUGCCAGAUAUUGCUCUACACUUACCUUGAUCUCCUCCUGUAUUGCACUCGUCAAAAGGACAUUGCAAAGGUUUUUGUGGCAUACAUCCAGCCUCAAGAUCCAUCAAAUGGAUACCAGUAUCAGAAGACAUUGUUGGGGGAGAUCCUUAGUAUUUCCUGCCUUCUGCGUACCCCAGGAGUAGUAGAAAAUCAUGGUUACUUUGUGAAUCCCUCACGCUCCAGUCCUCAAGAGAUUAAAGUGCAGGAAUCCAAUAUACAUCAGUUCAUGGCUCAGUUCCAUGAGAAAAUUUACCAGCUUUUGAAGAACCUUCUCCAGUUGUCUCCAGAUACCAAGCAUCUCAUCUUGUCCUGGCUGGGAAACUGUCUACAUGCCAAUGCAGGUCGUGCUAAAAUCUGGGCCAACCAAGUUCCUGAAAUCUUUCUACAAACCUAUGCCUCGGACAGCUUCUUUCUGAACCUGGGUGCAGCUCUGCUACGGCUGUGCCAGCCCUUUUGUAAACCAAAGUCUGCUCGCUUGUUGACGUUCAAUCCCACUUACUGUGCUCUUCGAGAGAUCAAUGAAGAAGAGCGAAGGAGUCGAAACAUACAUAUGAAGGGGCUGGAUAAAGAGACUUGUCUUAUUCCACCUGCUGACGAUCAACAACCAGAAUUCCCUCACACCUUCAACUUGGUGACUGAAAAUUUGGUACUGACACAAUACACCCUUCAUCUAGGCUUUCACAGGUUGCAUGAACAAAUGGUGAAAGUAAACCAAAGCUUACACAGACUACAAGGAGCAUGGCGUGAUGCCCAGCAAAGUGGCAGCCCCGGUGCGGAGAACUUAAGGGAACAAUUUGAACGACUUAUGACCAUCUAUCUUUGCCUGAAAGCUGCACUGACCGAACCUCAGACUUUGCAGAACUGCCUUCAGCUUCAGGUCUCUACUGCUCUUCUCCUGGUGCAAAUUGCUUUGGACAAUCGAGGCACAGAACCGGUUUCACUUACCUUUCCCAUACCUGAUGUGCAACACAGUGCCCUUGCUUACGUACCAGAAUUCUUUGCUGAUAACUUGGGAGACUUUUUCAUCUUCCUGAGACGGUUUGCAGAUGAAGUUUUGGAGACUGCUGCAGAAUCUCUGGAACAGAUACUGGAUUUUAUAACGGUCUUUACAGGCAAUGUUGAAAGGAUGAAAAAUCCCCACCUGCGUGCCAAGCUGGCAGAAGUACUGGAGGCAGUCAUGCCUCACUUGGAACAAACUCAGAACCCACUUAUUUCCAGUGUUUACCACCGCCAGAGAAUCUUUUGUUCUUACCGACAUGCGCCACGUCUGGCAGAGGCACUUAUAAAGGUGUUUGUUGACAUAGAAUUUACUGGGGACCCUCAUCAGUUUGAGCAGAAAUUUAACUAUCGACGCCCUAUGUAUCCUAUCCUAAAAUACAUGUGGGGGCAGGACACCUAUCGGGAGAGCAUUAAGAGCCUGGCUGAUUAUGCUGCUGAAAACCUUGAAGCAGUAAAUCCUCCUGUGUUUCUGCGUUUUCUUAAUUUGUUAAUGAAUGAUGCUGUAUUUUUGUUAGAUGAGGCCAUCCAGUAUCUAAGCAAAAUUAAAGUUCUACAGAUAGAGAGGGACCGAGGAGAGUGGGACGGGCUGAGUGCUGACAACCGACGGGAAAAGGAGUCCAAUCUGCUGAUGUUCGGACAGCUAGCCCGGUUUCACAAUAUUAUGUCCAAUGAGACAAUUGGGACCUUGGCUUUCCUCACCUCUGACAUUCGCUCGCUAUUUGUCCAACCCUUUCUAGCAGAACGGAUCAUCUCCAUGAUGAAUUACUUCCUCCAGCAUUUAGUGGGCCCUAAGAUGGGAGCUUUGAAGGUCAAAGAUUUCAGUGAAUUUGACUUCAAGCCUCAGCAGCUAGUUUCAGAUAUCUGCACCAUCUACUUAAACUUGGGAGAUGAAGAGAAUUUUUGUGCCUCAGUGCCAAAGGACGGUCGCUCCUAUUCUCCAACACUGUUUGCUCAAACUGUGCGAGUGCUAAAGAAAAUUAAUAAGCCAGGAAAUAUGAUAGUUGCAUUCACAAACAUGGCCGAAAAAAUUAAGUCCUUAGCAGACCAGCAGUUGAGAGAUGAGGAGACGUAUGCUGAUGCCCCCGAUGAGUUCCUGGAUCCUAUUAUGAGUACAGUCAUGUCAGACCCUGUUAUCCUUCCCUCAUCUCGUGUCACAGUGGACAGGUCAACCAUUGCUCGACAUCUACUUAGUGACCAAACCGACCCAUUCAAUCGCAGCCCACUGACAAUGGAUCAAAUUAAACCAAACCGUGAACUAAAGGAGAAGAUCUUGCAGUGGCUGUCUGAGCGGAAAGAACAGAGUGGAGACAACAGACAUUAGUCUUUAUAGCAGUGUUUCCCAACCAGGGCGCCUCCAGG